AUAGUCAUUUCUCUUCUUUUGACUAGUCAGCUUCAUGCACCAACAUAAAUACCAAGUCCAUAAUCUGAGCUCUGCUGCAUUCACCUUCGGUUCUUCUCCAGUUCCCGCAACCGUUGGUUCCCUUUGUGUUUCUCUUACUCGCUGCAUGUUAGCUCAUCCGACCAAACUUGCAAGACUCCCCAUUAGACCUCAUGUAUUUCAAUCCGCUACGAUGCGCUUGCCUAUUUCUCUUCUCACUUCUCAAAUUCUCAAAGACCCAGAAACUACGACACACAACAAUGUCUACAACGUAUCAGCUAUGCUUAACAAACAGAAUUGGCAACAGAGCAGCCUUCUUAAAUCACUAGUUUCUCAUAUGACUCCAAAAGUUGCUUCCCAAGUUUUACUUCUUCAUGGUAACAGUCCUGAACUCGGUUUCCGUUUUUUCAAGUGGGUAUGUAAGCAGUCCACUUAUUGCUAUGAUAUAGAUGGCAGAAUUCAUCUAUUGAAUUUAGUUGUAUCUUCUAACUUAUUUGGAGUUGCACAUAAGGCUAUUGUUGAAUUGAUUAAGGAUUGCAGUGACGGUGAAGAUGACAUUUUGAAGCUAAUGGACGCCCUUGAUGCAUUACGCAAGGAUGGGUUUAAGCUUAAUUACCCAUGUUAUAGCUGUCUUUUGAUAUCUUUAGCCAAGUUGAAUUUGGGUUUUGUAGCAUUUAGUGUAUAUACAAGAAUGGUUCUUGAUGGUUUUGUUAUUGCUGCUAUUGACUAUAGAACCGUAAUUAAUGCUUUAUGCAAGAGUGGGCUUGUGCAAGCCGCAGACAUGUUCUUGUGUAGGGUUUUGAAACUCGGAUUUAGCAUAGAUACUCAUAUUUGUACUUCUUUUGUGUUGGGACAUUGUAGAGAAAAUAAUCUUCAAGAGGCCUUUAAGGUGUUCGAGAUAAUGUCCAAAGAGGAUGGUUGCAGACCCAAUUCAGUCACAUAUUCAACGCUGAUACAUGGUUUAUGUGAAAUAGGUAGGCUUGAGGAAGCAUUUUCUUUGAAGGAAGAAAUGUGUGAGAAGGGUUGUCAGCCAAGUACUCGUACUUACACUGUACUUGCCAAAGCUUUGUGUGAUUUUGCAUCAACUGAUGAGGCAUUAUGUUUGCUUGAUGAGAUGGCUGCAAAGGGAUGUAAGCCAAAUGUCCAUACUUAUACUAUUAUAAUCGAUAGAUUGUGUAGAGAAGGGAAGAUUGAGGAGGCCAACGGGAUGUUUAGAAAGUUGCUACAAUAUGAUAUCUUUCCUGGUAUAGUAACUUACAAUGUAUUGAUUAAUGGGUAUUGCAAACAAGGGCAAAUUGUUGCUGCUUUUGAGCUACUUGCUCUGAUGGAGAAAAAGAACUGCAAACCCAACACACGUACCUUUAAUGAGCUUAUGGAAGGUUUGUGUAGAAUCAAUAAAUCUUACAAAGCGAUGCACCUUUUGAAAAGGAUGGUUGAUAAUGGCUUAUCUCCUGACAAAGUAACCUACAAUAUCCUGGUGGAUGGAUUCUGCAGAGAAGGGCAACUUGAUAUGGCUCUGAAAAUAUUUAAUUCAAUGAGCUCAUUUGGCCUUAUUCCAGAUGGUUAUACUUUAACUUCAAUGAUUGAUGGGCUCUUCAAACAUGAAAGGACAGAGGUAGCAAUUGGAUUCUUUUGUAUGAUGAUAAAGAAGGGAAUAUCUUUUGAUGAAGUGACAAUUACUGCUCUUAUUGAUGGGCAUUGCAAAAGUGGUAAAACUGGAGAUGCAUUAAUGAUUUUUAAGAGGAUGGUUGACAGCAUGGAUUUGAAAACUUCUCAUGUUAUGAACUUGUUUCUUGAUGUUUUCAGCAAAGAAAACAGGUUGAAAGAGGAAUAUGCAAUGUUUGGAAAAAUCCUGAAAUACGGUGUAGUUCCUUCAGUGGUGACUUAUACAAUUUUAAUUGAUGGGCUUUCCCGAGCUGGUGAGAUUGUGCUUGCCUUGAACAUGAUAGAAAUGAUGAAGAUAGCUGGCUGCCCCCCAAAUGUUUACACAUACACUGUCAUUGUUAAUGGACUAUGCCAAAAUGGAAGAGUUAAUGAGGCACAAAUGCUUACUUUUAAAAUGUUUGAUUUAGGAGUAUCUCCAAACCACAUAACAUAUACUAUUUUAGUGAAAGCACACGUCAAUGCUGGUAGAUUAGACUGCGCCCUUAGUACUGUGAGUAUCAUGUCUAUUAAUGGUUGUCAACUCAAUGAACGUAUAUAUUCUGCUCUAAUAAAAGGCCUUGUUUCUUCAAACAAGGCUAUUGGAGUGUGGAGUGAUGUUUCUUGUAAUGAUUAUGAUGCUAGACCAUUGCAAUUGGAGUACAAUGAUGAUGUUGAUGAUAAAUGUGUCUCUAAUGAUGUUAUAAGGGAAAUCGAUAUUGAACAUGUUCGGAGACUUGGAGAUGAGAUUCAGAGACAUGUUGGGUCUACUACUGAUCUGUAUAACUUUGUAACUGCAAAACUAUGCAGAGCAGGGAGAGUUGCUGAAGCAGAUCAUAUAAUCAAAGAUAUUGUGCAACAUGGUUCAUUUCCUGACAAGGCAAUUAGUUCUAUCAUAGAGUGGUACUGCAGGGACAGUAAUUAUGAUAAUUGCCUCAAGUUCAUGACAUCAAUACUUGAACAUGGAUUUAUUCCACCUUUUUCAUCCUAUUGUUCAGUGAUUCAAGGUCUUCAUAAAGAGGGGAGGAGUAAAGAAGCUCAAAGGCUCAUUUAUGACCUCUUAAGAUUCAAUGACAUUGAGGAUAAAACUGUAGUAUUACCUUAUAUUGAAUUUUUGUUGAAGGGAGAUAAAUCUGACGAAUCCCUUGACCUUCUAAAUCUAAUUGAUCAAAUACAUUACAGAGAGAGGCCAAUUAUCUAGUACACAUCCAAUGGCAUUGUUGUUUCUCUUGAAACCACACAAAAACUUGAGAGAAACAUUCAAGUAGUGCCAUGCUAGCAGCUAAUGCGUUAACGUGUCUGUCAGAACGUGACUAGAUUGUCUUCAUGGAUGUAAAUGUAUUCAUUUUAUUUUCAGAUUAUUUUGCAUGUUCAUUUAUAGUUUCACGAGAUUCUUGGAGAAAUUAAGAUUUGUUGUCGACAGAAAAAAUAUAUUGUCAAUCAAUUAACUGAAAGAUGCAGUGUUGUAACCUAUAUAAAACGGUUUGUACUGGUUCCAUGUGAAUUUAUGCUUUAACGGAGAGGAAUUUUGUUUUUGUUUUUUUUUUUUUAUAUAUUUAGAAAUGUUCAUAACCUACUGCAGGUUUUUCUCCUUGAUUCUUGAAUUUUGAUUUGUUAAUUUAUGAGUUUUGUUGUUAAAAGUUAAGAUCUUGAGUUGUAAGCCAGUGCGAUGGUGUAGAUUGCGAUUUAAUUUCCGUGGUUUUAAUAUUGAGAGUUGGCUUUUUGAUGGCUUACAUCUCAUGCUUAUCAUAGAACUUCAAUGUCUGGUAUUUGCUGAUGUAAAAGAUCAUUUUCCUAUUGAUGAUUUUGUUAAGCUAUGCUAAGAGGGAUUUUAUUGUUAUUUUAAAUUCUUUACAUAUAUUAUCUUUUGAAGACCAAAAACAACAGAAACAUACACUGAAAUCAACCUUGUUUAAAAGUAUUUUUGUCUCCAUUUCCUUGGUGUUCAAAUGGAGUGAGGGAAUGCUUUGUAGAUUUUCUCUUAUCCAGAUUUUUUAAUGGUGAAAAAUUCGUUGUUUCAUUGGAUGUAACAUAACUAGAAUUUUCUUUGGUUGUAUUUCAUUGGCAGUGAAACUGAUCAAUUGUACAAGAUAUGCUGUGUUCUUGGUGCUCCAGAUUGUAGUGUUUUUCCAGAGGCAACCAAUAUCUCUCAAUUAAUCAGUAUCAGUUAUUCUGAGAUUUUGCCUGUCAACCUUUCUGAUAUCAUUCCAAAUGCUAGCUUGGAAGCUAUUGAUUUAAUCCAGCAACUUUGCUCAUGGGAUCCAUUAAGGAGGCCAACUGUAGAUGAAGCAUUGCAGCAUCCAUUUUUUAAUGUGGGUACAUGAGUUCUCUACCUCUCCCUGAUCCACUUGAGCUGAGGCUAAAUACCAUGGGAGCUUCACCAAAUCUGGAGCUAAAUCUUUGGGACUUUGUCUCAGAAUCUGAUGACGGUUUCUGAGAUUAACAUUGGCAGUGAAGCCCAUUGUCUCCAGCUGGGGUAAAUUUUGUUUUACAUGUGAUAUUUAUAAUUUAUUGGGUUGCAUUUGUCUAGGCAUGGAUAUGGAUGCAGUAGAGAACUUAAUAUCAUUUUUUAUUUUCUUAAAUCUGGGAUGAGAAACAAAAAUGAAUACUGGAGGCUAAGAGCAACAAAUAAGAAUCAUCCUCACAAGGAAUUACAUCAAACUUAUUAGUUCAAAGACACAAUCGCAUCUCUUUAGCGCAGUUGCAUUUUCCCUGAAGAAAGUCUGGAUAUAAUUUGUGGGUCUCGUAAUCACUAAUUAGUGCCCUUGUGCUGAGUCAAUUUUAGGAAAAGUUUAUGUGUGAACUUUACAGUGAACCCUUGCACUGCUUAAUGUGUAUUCCUUUUAGAUUUUCAUUUUCAGCCCUUCUUCAUGGUAUCUGUAACUGCUUUCUGCAUUUGUAACCUCCUUUUAUUAAGAUCUUUGUUCGUUCGCAGACAAUGUUCACCAGAUUGUAGUAUUGCUGCUUUACAAUCUUCCAUUGGAACCAAGGGACGUUUCUUUGUGUUUCUUGGGUUGAUAGGAUCUAGAGUUGAUUUCACUGAAAGACUUAAGACUUUUAUUAAGGUUCUGACUCCGAGUUAUCUCCUGCAGAAAUGGUUCAUAAAGUUUCUCAAGGCAUGGAAGAGCUCUGUCCAAGUUUUUGAAAGAUGGGCACUAGUGGAAAUGGAUUGUUUUACUAAAUUUGGGCUUCUGCUGGUGUUCCAGCAGGCAUCAUAUAGGCUGGUUCUUUUUAGAUUAUACGAACUGAUUGCAGCUUGUAGAAGCUGCAUCUAAGGAUGUUGAUAAAUUUUUGGCUGAUAUUGAAUGACUCUUACAAUGAAAAGUGGAUUCUUGUCAACAUCUUACUUUUCAAGCUACAGUUUAGCACUAAACAACAUAGUCAAGCUAGUGAACGACAUUGUGUUGAUAGAGUAGGCACCUUUAUUUGGAGGUUAUUAGAAGUUCAUUGACAAACCAUUGUCACUUGAAACAAAUAAAAAAAUGGAAAGGUAUAAAAUUUUGGAAGAAAUUGGAGAUGGUACUUGUGGAAGUGUAUAUAAGGCUUUUAAUGUCGAAAC